AAGCCGUCCCCGCCACGCAAACCCGAGAAAUCCGGCCGCGCACGUGCACAAGCCAGCAUGAUCCGGCUAUUCCCGGAAGGCGCUGGGCGCUUCACGAGGACCAGAGAGACUUUGCUCGCUGUGGCAAUUUCAAACGCUGUCGCUGUCUCUGACUUUCUGCACCGGCCGGCGCGCCUUCCGCCUGGUCAUGUCCUCACACUUUGCCCGGCGAUGUUUCAGCGCGGCCUCACGGAGACCGAACUUGCUCAGUGCGCGAUGCACUGAGAACCCGCGACUGCUUGGGGCCUUGGUGCGGAGUCCCUGUCGGCGGUCGUACGCUGCAAAAUGGGUGAAAGACACGAAAGACCCGGAUGAGCUGUCGUCGGAUGAGAUCAUCCAGAGACUGGAAAUGGUCAAGCUCAUGGAGAAGCAGCUGCCGUACGACCCGUGGGCGCAGUCGGUGCAGACGUUCGACUUGACUAUUCCCAGCCUGCUGUCUAAGAAGAAGGACGCGGCGCUCUCGGACCACCUCCAGUCGCUUGGGGCGACGUUCCGGAAUUGGGCGCGCAAUGCCCUGAGUAUGCGGAUGAUGGCGGGCGACAAGGGCUUCCCCGGGAUUGCAAAAACGUCACCCUGGUCUCUGCAGAUCUUCAAGGCGCAGUCAACAAGCGACUCGGCAUGGGUCGCACCCCUCCGCCGGCUGGCACUAGACACCUAUACAAGAAUCAACCGUGCCGUAGCAGAGCAUGACGAGCGGGCCAUCAAGGAGCUCUCAAUCGGCGACAUGCGCACACACUACCUGAAGCUGGUCCGCCAACAGGAUCCGACCCGGCGCUACAUGUGGAAACUCGUGGGCGAGCGCACGCCGUGCCGAAUCCUCAGCGUGCGCACCACGCCCGCGCACCUGGGUAAGGUCGUCCCGAACAACGGCUCGCGCCUGCUCACACAGGUCCUCGUGCGCUUCGACACGAUCCAGAGCCUCGCAGUGUACACAAGGAAAGGCUCGAUCGUGCACAAGCAGGACCCGAAGCCCGUCGUGGAGUUCCUCGUGCUGCAAAAGCGGAUGUGGUACGACUCGCCGUGGGUCAUACGCGACGUCCUGUACGAGGGCCUGGAGAACCAUGAAAAAAGCCUCUCGGCUUAAGGGGUGUGUUGGAGGCGACCGUGUCGUUGUCUGCUAACUUACAUGGAGUAUCAAUGCUGUGUUCUUGGGUGCCGCGUAUCCUACACCUUGAUCGACAGAGCUUUCCCUUCAGAAUGCCACUCAGGCUAUGUCCGCUGUCUCAGGCGUCGCUGCGCUGCUUCGAAACAGAAGAGACGUUAUUGGCUCACUCAGACUGGACCCAGCAGGGGGGCGGAUUGCGUAAAGUAUAUGUGGAUCCUCGCGCUCGAGGACGAUAUUGUCGUCGAUGCGCACCCAGCUCGACCCAACCCCAAGCCGUUCAUCAGCGGCACUCAAUAGCCACGGGCGAUGAUAGCCAUAACCUGCCACGGGAGACUCUUCAUGAUGUAAGUCCCGCUUCACUUUAC